AACGACGUAUAUAUAUGUCGAUGUGAGGCCGCCCGGGCCGGCCUCGGGGAGCAAUGUUCGAUAUUUUCGGUUUCAUAAGAGAACUGAUCCACAACAUGUUGGCAAUUUUUUCGUUCGGCAAGAAGAAGCUCUCCAACACACUCAGCGUGUACGUGAAGACCACCACCGGCAACACGCUGGCCGUGAACCUGGAGCCGCACAUGGAGAUAAAGGACGUGAAGGAAAUGGUCGCCCCGCAACUCGGCCUCGAGCCGACAGAACUGAAGAUCAUCUUUGCCGGCCGCGAGCUGUCCGAUACGACGACGAUCAGUGAAUGUGAUCUGGGCCAGCAGUCAAUCAUUCACGUGGUCAAAGCGAGACACCUACCCCGGAGGCCAAUGUCGCUCGAUGGUCCCAUCUCGGAAGAGCCCACGUCCACGGAUGAGCAGACACCAACGGCUCCACUGUCGGAAACGAUGACCGAGCUGUCGGAAACCCAGCACGGCACCGACGGGCAGUCGGGGGUGGAACGCAGGAAGGCACACUUUUUCGUGUACUGCUCCCAGUGUGAGAAGGUGUGCACGGGGAAGCUGCGGGUACGGUGCGGAAUCUGCGGGGACGGAGCGUUCACCGUGCACCGCGAUCCCACCUGCUGGGAUGAUGUCCUGAAGAAGAAGCGCAUCACGGGCCAUUGCGAACACUACGAGGUGCCAUGUGUGGAGAACGACGACGGAGAGCCACCGUUCACGGAGUUUUACUUCAAAUGUUCGGAACACUCAUCGGGCGGGGAGAAGGAUUUUGCCGCCCCGCUCAGUUUAAUCAAAACCAACCACAAGAACAUCCCUUGCCUCGCUUGCACCGAUGUCAGUGAAACCAUCCUGGUGUUCCCGUGCGCCGCCGGACACGUGUCCUGUCUUGAUUGCUUCCGCCAGUACUGCGUAACGCGGCUGCUCGAGCGUCAGUUCGUGGAACAUCCGGCCGGCGGGUACACGCUGCGCUGUCCGGCCGGGUGCGAAAACUCCUUCAUCGAGGAUGUGCACCACUUUAAGCUGCUUUCGAGUGAGCAGUACGAUCGGUAUCAGCGGUUCGCCACCGAGGAGUACGUCCUGAAGAAUGGCGGUGUGCUGUGUCCACAGCCUGGCUGCGGCAUGGGAUUGCUGGUCGAUUCCGAGUGCCGCCGGAUCCAGUGCCAAAGUGGCUGCGGUUACGUCUUCUGUCGCAGUUGUCUGCAGGGAUACCAUUUGGGGGAGUGCCUUGAAACGCCAACCACGCUGGGUAUUGGUGGAGAGCAGGGAUAUGCGAUCGAUCCGUUGCGUGCCUCGGAAGCGCGCUGGGACGAGGCGACGAAGAUUGCAAUCAAGGUGACGACGAAACCGUGCCCCCAGUGCCGGACAGCGACCGAAAGGGACGGCGGAUGCAUGCACAUGGUUUGCACGCGCUCCGGGUGCGGGUUCGAGUGGUGCUGGGUUUGUCAGACCCCGUGGACUCGCGAUUGUAUGGCCGCACACUGGUUCGGUUAAGCAUCGGGCACCGGAGAGAACCGUUUCGUAGCAUAAUUGUUUGCGUGAAUAAAAAGA